UCGGCAGAGGUUCGUCUGUGUUUUGCAGAGCGGCUGCACAUCGCGUGACCCUCCCCUCGCGAGAUGCGCCCAGAAUUGCGCGUUCGGUGUAAAUGCAUUCUAACAUGACUCAAGUUUUGUGAGUACUGAACUGUUCUGAGACGUUGACACGAACUUAUAAAAGUGACAUGGUAACACAUUUAUCUUUUAAAGAAGUGCUUCAAGUUUAAUUGGAGCACCGAAAAUACCAAACGCACAAACAGUGUGAUCACUACUGCAUACAGGCCCGAACUUGAAUACAAUUUUAUUCACGCACAAUGCCUAAACUUACGUAUUGUGAUGAACUGUACUACUUUCAAGCGUCAUGAGUUAAAAUGGACAACAGUAGAGAAUUUGACUGGUUUUGUUUUGCAUCGUUCAGUUGAGAGUCUGUAUAAAAUUUCAGGGAGAGUAAAAUCUGCAGGAUACGAAGUGAACGUAGUCAGAUGUGUCCUUGCUAAGUUCAUGUGAAAUUUUACAGGGUUUCAUUCCAAACUCAGCAGUUAAUUCGUAAUUUAAAAUUAGCGUAGGAAUUUUCUGCGUACUAAUACACAGUUUAAUGUUAAUAUUAUGUUAUAGGUUGUCCAUUUAUGAAUGUUACAGCUGUAAUAGAAACAGUAAUAUCUUCGUGAUUGUAACUGUUGUCAGUCGCUGCGAACAUCAAAACAACUCGCUUCUUUUUCUCUUGUGAUUUCGAAGCGAUAAUGUUCUGAAAUUUGUGUUGUGCAACUUAUGUGAAGUUAAAUUUUAUAGUUCAUUUUGUGUUUUUGAUCCUGUGAUUCCGUCAGUCGCAGCGGAACUUCCGAUCACUACCGAGGAAUCUGGGAGUGAAUAUAAUGAACACAUUUGAAGAAAGUGGCAGGUGUGACAGGACGCUGAUAGGGUCUUACUGAAGGCAGAUUACUUGAAAAACAGACAUGAUUAACAUUACCUCCAGUUUGUUACCAGAGACAACAGGCUCUUUGCUGCCUUCUGAAUUGUUUGAAUCUGUGAUGGCCAACACUACAGCCAUGAUGGGUAACGUAUCAUCACUUAUACCCACAUCACCAUCCUCAAAACACAACAUCACCGAAUUCUCAGACUUCAUAGCGUCUUCGAGUCUUGCCAGUGAAGUUACGAACAUUUCUGUACCGGGACCACAUCUUGAUUAUGAAGACAAUUCUACAGACAACUGCACCAAUGAGUACUGUGUGUCUGAUGAUGAUUAUCUCUCUAUGAUAGAGAAUCACAUAUUUCCUACAACGUACGAGUGGGUCCUAAUUGCUUUUCAUACUGUAGUUUUUCUGGUCGGCUUGAUAGGCAAUGCGUUGGUCUGUGUGGCCGUGUACAGAAAUCACAGCAUGAGAACUGUCACAAACUACUUCAUCGUGAACCUCGCCGUGGCUGAUUUUAUGGUGAUCUUCUUCUGUCUCCCACCUACUGUUGUCUGGGAUGUCACGGAGACUUGGUUCAUGGGGACUGCUCUCUGCAAAAUAGUCCUCUACUUCCAGACUGUGUCCGUGACGGUCUCCGUGCUCACACUCACAUUCAUCUCCGUGGACCGUUGGUACGCCAUCUGCUUCCCGCUCAAGUUCAAGUCCACGACUGGCCGCGCCAAGACGGCCAUCAUUAUCAUCUGGCUGCUGGCUUUGGCUUUCGACGUCCCGGAACUCAUGGUGCUGCAGACGCAGCCCAGGAAGGAGCUACGCAUCGAAACGCACUUCUUCACGCAGUGCGUGCCGUCAUGGUCCGACCGCUCGGAGACGACUUUCCACGUGAUGAAGACGGUGUUGUUAUACACCGUGCCGCUCAUAUUCAUGUCAGUGGCGUACUGUCAGAUAGUGAGGGUGCUGUGGCGUUCCGACAACAUUCCAGGACACACGGAAACAAUGAAUUAUUAUGGGACCUCCACUUGCAACAACGCCCUGUCGGCGAGCAGACGGAACACGCUAAACACCAACGCCAACACUACGACGGAGGGCCAACUGCGAUCGCGACGGAAAGCUGCGAAGAUGCUGGUUGCUGUGGUUAUCAUGUUCGCUGUCUGCUACUUCCCUGUUCAUCUGCUCAACAUUCUCAGAUACACGAUGGACAUUCCGAGUUCAGAUGCCAUGGUCACCAUCGCGCUGCUGUCCCAUUGGUUGUGCUAUGCAAACAGCGCCGUGAACCCCGUCAUCUACAACUUCAUGAGCGGAAAGUUCCGGAAAGAAUUCAGAAGGACAUUUGGGUUCUGGUGCUGCAAAGAGCGACGCUUUUCCCGACGCCGGCGUCACAACAUGUCGACGAUACACGCCGGCAGCAGUACUUACAUCUGUCGGUACACAGCGGGCGGCAGCACCGGCUACACGGCACGCACAGAAAUACUUCCUCUGAGUGGAAUCACCUCUUCUGCCACUAUCGCAGACGUGGACUGACAUCGGGGGAGCAGACGGCUGCCCUCCGUGUGGGACCCGGAGGAGGAACUGGGAUAACUGCAGUCUUCCAGGAAGAGUUCCAUGCCGAAAUAGUGAGCAUAGCUGGACUCCACCGAAGUCUGAGUAAAUUGAUUUGAUUUUAACCCUGAGGUUCAGCGAAUUCAUCUGCCUGUUUAGUGUGUUACAUUUACUUCUAAAAUAUGAAUUCUGCCCUGUAUCUCCAUAUAUAUGGAACUACACGCGGGUUAGGGAAGAAAUGAACACGACGGGUGGCAUUCAAAUCGGCCGGCCGCUGCCUCACCCUGCCGACACUACACACUCUCCUCCAACAUCAGCGACAAACUGCGGGCGUGCUGGAAACGGUAGCUGCCAGGCUCAUAGUUGGGGGAGUAGCAUGUGUUCAUUCUUUUCCUAACCCGGAUUGAGGUACCCUUAGGGCGAGGGUACACCAAGGAAACUGGCAACCGUAACGCAACCACAAUUUCCGAGAAAUGUCGCCGAUUUCAAUCGGGCAACUGGUUUCCAGAUUAGCAGGCACAGACUGAGGAAACUUAUGUUUGAGUAGUUGCUCACAUCGUCUUAAGUGGGUUUGUUCGUCCGACGUAAUUCAUGAUUGUAUUUUUUUAAUUUCGUGCACGUACCUUAUCCAAUGGAAGAUAAUAAUAUUGAUCCUGUCAUAAUAUGGCGGCAGUUGGGAUGGGUUGACACGACGUGAGAACAGAGCAUGACGACCAUAAGGAAAAUAUGAAUAUUAAUGCAACAGGAUGCUUAAAUACAAUAUUAGGAAAAGAAAACAUUGGGUGCCUCAGUUCUGCUCUUACACUUUAAACUGCCUAGUAUAGUCUGGGUGGCGUUUUUGUAUAUACCAGGCUCUUGCUCAAUUAACUGCACUGAAACAAAAUCAGCAGCUUCGUCAGACUUUCAUGCCAUCUUAGGAAACAAAUGAAUCACUGAAGCGCGUUACAGAACGGCUGACACUAGGAAACCACGCGGCAACGCAAUUGUGAGGAGACUAGCAUCUCCGUUGCGAGGAAGUUGAGUUUCUCAGUCUUUCCGCGAGUCGCGUUGCCGUUUCCUCAAUUUGGGCUGCUCCAUUCAGAAACAUGUGUUCAAAUCAGGCUGAUAACAAUUCUCGGAAAUUUCGGUGUGCCCCCUCCCUUUCUUGACGGAUGUAUGCACCACAGGACAGAAACAUCCUGUCGCAUAUGUACGCACCCGUCAGGGACAUAAGCUGUAACUGUACACAGAAGCAUCCUCGCUGUCGCAUAUGUACGCACCCGUCAGGGACACAAGCUGUAACUGUACACAGAAACAUGCUCACUGUCGCAUAUGUACGCACCCGUCAGGGACACAAGCUGUAACUGUACACAGAAACAUCCUCACUGUCGCAUAUGUAUGCACCCGUCAGGGACACAAGCUGUAACUGUACACAGAAACAAUUUCCGAACUGUUUACGUAGUAAAUAUAAAUACUAAACUGAAUUUUGAAAGUGUAAAAUUCAUUGGGCUCUAAUUUCAGCAUAUACAUGUAUAUGUAUGUAGACCAAAUAAUUAUGACGCAUGCGUGAUGAGAACAUGAGGGCGAUUCCCGUUCCUGAAAUCAGCGAUUCAAAGCGUUUAAUUUAUUUGGCUAAGACUUCUGUUGUUAAUUAUACUUAAAUUCUACUCGCAUAAAUUGUUGGAUUCAUUUUCAGCCUAUCGACAGAUGGUGCUGCUACUUAAAUGUUGGUAUUUCUCACAGAUAAGCAAUGAUUAAAGCUCUCCAGGAAGAUGAUAAUUACAUUUCAAAUAUUUUUAAAACUAUAUGAUUCCGUACAAGAAAAUGCUUUGCAAAAUUGUCUGUGCAUUGCAGGUGUGAUUCUUAUCCACACAGUCACAUGAUAAAGUAACUUUACUAUCGCCUGUACACAAUCACUGAAUUCUGAGUCCGACCGUUCGUAAAACGUUUGGCCGCAUUCCGGCGUAAUCAGUAAAACACGCACAUUGUGUCAUUACCUGCCAUAUUAAUGCUGCUGACGUCACAGGUACACUCCUUGCACUAACAGACGGCUCACAUCACCUUAUUCAGAAAACAAUGGGUAGACACGUCAGUCCUUUGAUGUUCAAUGAAAUAAUAUCUGAAAAUUUAGUUUCUGCCUCAUAGAAAACACAAUGCGUUUCAUUACCAAAGCCAAUUGCUGUUUAUUAAUCGAUGUUUAUUGUAAUACGAAACCCAAACACACUGUGUGGAAAAAAAUGCACAGCUUUUGUGUUUAAAAUUUAUGGUACAUAUAUUAAACACUUUACUUUAAAGAUAGCGAAACUCAGCUGUAUGUUGUAAUGGGAGGAUUUGUGAAAGUUACACAUGCCUAGCGGUAUAUACCACAUUAAUUAUACAGAAUGUCUGUUCUAAAGUGAAUGUAGGACAAUCUUUGAUCAUUAGGGUGAAACGAAUGGCUCCAGAUACUGUAACGUAUUGUGGAACGAAUGGCUGCAGAUGCUGUAACGUAUUGUGGAACGAAUG